CUUCAGGUUGCUGGCAUUCAGACAGAAACUUCGGUGUCGGCGAACGGAACUAACUCCUACACAACAAACCCACUUCAAAGUUCCAUCAACUCAUCGGAGAAGUAAGCUUAGUUAUCUGCCAUGGCUCCUGAUGCUUCUACUGCUCUUGCAGCGAGGGAGAAAGUUCAGCAGUUCCUGAAUGCAGCUUGUACCGGAAACCUCGAGUUCCUCAAGAAUGUUGCUAAGCAGCUUGAUGAAGGCAAAGGCUUGAAGACAACCGUGGAGAGUGUCAAAGACGCUAACAAACGCGGCGCGCUUCAUUUCGCUGCGAGGGAAGGACAAACUGAGAUAUGCAGGUAUCUAUUGGAGGAGCUGAAGCUUGACGCUGACACAAAAGAUGAAGCUGGGGAUACUCCGCUUGUUCAUGCUGCUAGGCAAGGACAGGUUGGGACGGCGAAGUAUCUUUUGGAUCAGGGAGCUGAUCCUAAUAUUGCUAGUGAACUAGGAGCUACUGCAUUGCAUCAUGCGGCUGGGACAGGGGAAAUUGAGUUGCUAAAGGAGUUGCUAUCUAGAGGUGUUCCUGUUGAUUCUCAAAGCGAGUCUGGCACGCCAUUGAUUUGGGCUGCUGGCCACGACCAAAAAGAUGCUGUGCAAGUCUUGUUAGAACACAAAGCUAAUCCUAACGCUGAGACCGAAGACAAUGUCACACCAUUGUUAUCUGCAGUGGCAGCUGGUUCUGUGGCAUGCACAAAGCUGUUGGCCAUGGCACGUGCCAAAGCUAAUGUUUUCGCUGGUGGUGCAACUCCGUUGCACAUUGCUGCUGAUAUUGGAGAUUUUGAGUUGAUCAUCAUUUUACUUAAAGCUGGAGCUGAUCCUGAUCAGAAAGACGAGGAAGGCAAUAGGGCAUUAGAAGUUGCAGCUUUGAGAGAGAACAGAACGAUCGUUGAGACUCUCAUCCGCUUGACAACAAAACCUGAAUCUGUUUCAGACUGGACUGUUGAUGGAGUUAUUGCUCACAUGAAAUCAAACAAAGAACAAGAGGACAACUCAAAAUCUGGAGUGACUUUGAUCAAGAAAGACCUUCCACAGGUCUCACCAGAAGCAAAGGCGAAAGCUGCAGAAGCAAAAGCAAGAGGACAAGACGCUUUCUACAGAAAGGAUUACCAGAUAGCCAUUGACGCUUACACACAAGCCAUUGAUUUUGACCCUACGGAUCAUACCUUCUUCUCAAACCGAAGCCUCUGCUGGUUGCUGUUAGGACAAGGUGAGCACGCCUUGUCGGAUGCUAAAGCCUGCAGAGAACUAAAGCCUGAUUGGCCUAAAGCUUGCUUCAGAGAAGGCGCUGCUCUUCGUUUGCUACAGCGGUUUGAUGAGGCAGCUAAUGCUUUUUACGAGGGAGUGUUGCUUAGCCCUGAAAGCAAAGAGCUCAUUGAUGCGUUCAGAGAAGCUGUAGAUGCUGGAAGGAAGUUUCAUGGCAAGGACAAGAUUAAGGACAAAUCAUAAGAUCUUCUGAGAGAUGGCUCUGUUUAGUAUCUGUAUGAAGUUUUGAUCUUGCUUCUUACCUUUGUCUCUCCACCUUAUGCAGUUGUUGCCCAUCUUAAAGUGUACUAAAAACAUUAGGAACAAUGUUUUGUUUUGUGCUUGGAUUUUGUCAUUUGUUAGGAUUAACAGCUUUGAUUUUU